AUGGCAAUGAUGACAGUUUGGAUAGGAGUUCUAAUAACUUAUGGAGCUUCUUUAGGAAUUGCAAAGGUAGUUUACUUUCCACUGGAUCUGGCUCAGAAUGCUGUUGAUGACAUGUACUCUGGUUGCAAAGACCAGAUGGAGAAAAAAGUGAAGAAUGAAUAUCUGACAAAUGAGAAAAACAAAGACAAGAAUUUUACACUGGCCUGGGGUGAAGCAGAGAAAUACUAUAACAAAAGAUGGAAGGGUAAAAAGCGACCUUCUACUGCUGUGGGGAAAGAACAAAUCAUGGCUAUUUAUAUUUAUACCCUUGACAAGCCAAAAAUCUAUAUGGAUUUCAAUGAUGCAGUGCGGACCCAGAAAUCUAAGUACAAGACUACAUUUAGGUAUCACACACUUCACUUUUUCCUGACAAACGCCAUUCAAACUCUCAACGCUCGCAAACCUCAAGCAGAACGAUGCCUGACUGGCUUCCGCAGAGUCAACACCCACUUCAGCCAAGAUGUUUUAAACAAGGGGAUUCGCUUUGGCUCUUUUACCUCCAGUUCAAUGGGCUGGUAUCCCAGUGCUGAUAGAUUUGGAGACAAAACAUGCUUUGAGAUUCUCACAUGUUAUGGAGCAGACAUCUCACUGUACUCUAAGCUUGGAGAAUCGGAAAGGGAGGUCUUAAUUCCUCCUUAUGAAGUCUUUAAAGUGACAAAGAUAGAGAAGAGAUCUGACUGGAAGAGUCUUCCAUGUGAGAUGGUCUAUAAAGUGAAGAGUAUAGGAAAAACUCUGUCCACUUUGAAUUGUGCUCUUUUCUAA